AUCAUCUUCACUCCAUUCUCUUCCUCUUCCUCCUUCAUCACCUCACCCUAAAAAAAAAAAAAAAAACUCUCCCAAAAUUUUAUAAAUAUAUUUAUAAAAUCACCAUACAAAAAAAAAUCACGAGUCUACAACUGCCUUUAUAGUAGCUAGGUUUUAUAUGUCCGAGCUUUGGUGGCCAGAAAAGUAAUCCAUUUAGAAGAAAAAGAUUAUAAUAAAGAUGACGUGGUCAUCGUCAUCGUCAUCGUCAUCGUCUAUUGCACCGGUGGGCCCGCCACGGUCACCGUGGCACUCACCGGUGCCAUAUUUAUUUGGUGGAUUAGCAGCCAUGUUAGGGCUCAUUGCAUUUGCAUUAUUAAUAUUAGCAUGUUCUUAUUGGAAACUCAGUGGUCAUAUUGAAGAAAAUCAAGAAGGUGAUAUUGAACAAGGUAAUAAUAAUAAUAAUAAUAAUAGUAAUAGUAAUAGUAAUGAUAUUAAAAUGGUGACACCACCAAUUCUUGAAGAGAAAUUUUUGGUUAUUAUGGCUGGACAAUUAAAGCCAACUUAUAUUGCUACACCUAGUUUGUCUAGUAGGGCAUCUUCUUUUGGUAGCAGUAGUGGUUGUACUACGAGCAGUGAGAGUAGUACUGAGAAAUCCGAGGUGGAAGAGAAGGAGGAGGGUUCGAGUCCUGAGAAUAGAGAAAUACUUAGGGAAAAUGGUUUAAAUGGUGGUUCGGGUUCGACUAUCGAGAAUGGAGAAGUACCUAUGGGAAAUGGUUUAAAUGAUGUUUCAGGUUCGAUUUCUGAGAGUGGAGAAGUACCUCGGGGAAAUGGUUUCAAUGAUGUGUCAGCUUCGAAUCUUGGGAAUGGAGAAGUACCUAGGAAAAAUGGUUCAAAUGAUGUUUCAGGUUCGACUUCUGAAAAUGGAGAAGUACCUACCGAAAAUGGUUUAAAUGAUGUUUCAGGUUCGAUUUCUAAGAAUGGAGAAGUACCUACUGGAAAUGAUUUAAAUGAUGUGUCGGGUUCGAGUUCUGAGAAUGGAUCGGAGAAGUAUCUAGGGAAAAUGGUUUAAAUGAUGUUUUGAGUUCGACUUCUGAGAAUGGAGAGGUACCUAGGGAAAAUGGUUUAAAUGAUGUUUUGGGUUUGACUCCUGAGAAUGAAUGGAGAGGUACCUAGGGAAAAUGGUUUAAAAAAUGUUUCAAGUUCGAGUUUUCAAAAUGAAGAACUACCUAGGGGAAAUGAAUUUUCGGUUAACAUGACGCAAAUGCGACUUAAUUGAGUCAGUGAAUUCUGAAUACCAGAAAUGAAGCAUGGUAAGUAUGAUGGAUGAGCUAUCACAACUCAAAUUAGAUCCCUUAAAAUGAAAAAGAAAAAAAAAAUUAGUUUCAUUUUUUUUUUACGCCUUGUUUUUCCCUAUUGUUGGAAAUUCCGGAAAUGUAUAUAUUUUUUGGAGAAUUAAUGAAUUGGGAAAAGUUAAUGUUUCUUGGUAAUUUUA